AUGAACAAUAAUGUUGGAGAAGAGGAUGAUGAUUUACUCAUAAGUGGAGCUAGGAACAAUAAGAAAGGUUAAAUUAAUUUAGAUUUAUCUAAUUAUUCAAGUAACAUACCUGACAUUAUACCUGCAUUUGAUUUGAAUAAUUUUAAAAAGUACAUCCUGAAUGAAAAUCUGAAUCUUAAUGAGAUUUAGGAAUUGAUAUUAAAUUGCCAUUUAAGUUCAAUGAAAUUAAGAUUUAGCAUAUGGAGAUUAUUUUUAGGGAUUUUCAAAAUUAGUGACUCUUUGGAAGAGAAAAUCAACAAGCUCAAUCAGAAUAGAUCAGAUUAUUAGAAUUUGAGCAAACAAUAUUUAUAAGUAGAAACAAAGAAAGAAUCUAAAAGAAGUGUAAGAAACCCUUUAUUAUAAAAUUAAUAAGAAUAGCAAAAACAAAAUGUUUGGAAUAACUUUUUCGAGAUCAAUCAUUUAAAAAGUGAAAUAAAGAAGGACGUGGAUAGAACUCAUUAAGAUAAAUAGUUAUUUUAGAGCUUAAAGAUCAAGAAUUUAUUGUCGAACAUUUUGUUUAUAUGGAGUGUUAAGAACCCUACGAUCUCAUAUAGAUAGGGGAUGAAUGAAUUAGCAGCCAAUGUUAUAGAGGUCUACUUUACAGAGACUUAAGGAUUCAAUAACUUAGAGGAUAGUGAUGAUAAGAAGGAAAUUGCCAUAUUCUUUGAUACCAAAUAUGCUGAAGAAGACAUCUUUUAAUUAUUUGAAUAAAUUAUGGUAGCUCAUGUGGAUAUGUUUAAACAUACUCCUGAAAGUCAGAAGAAAUAAUAACUUAUAAUAUAGAAUAGGAUCUAGAAAAUCUAUGAUCAAUAGUUGAAAAUAAUUGAUAUCACAUUAUUCAAGCAUUUAAAAGUCUAGGAUGUUGAAUUGUCAGUAUUCUUAGUUAGAUGGAUUAGAUGCAUGUUUACAAGAGAAUUUCAUGUUGAAGACUCUUUGAAAGUUUGGGAUGCCAUAUUUUAUGAUUAUUACCUUACUGAGGAUAAGCAAUGGCUUAUAUUAGUUGAUUGUAUUGUCAUAGCCAUGUUUGUUUAUGUUCGAGAUUAAAUUCUCGAGAAGGACGAUCCAAAUGCAUGUUUGAAAAGGUUUCUGAAAUACCCACCUGUAGAAAAUUUAGCUUAAUUGAUUCAAGCAGCUUUCAGUAUCAAAAAUGUGUUGUAAUCUGCAAAUCCUGAGCAAACCCUGCUUUAGGAUUAAUUUCUGAUUACAUUUCUAGGAAGUAGAGACGUCAGCCAGUCUCCCAAAAUAUUUUAAAAUGUCAAGAAUCCUGAAAUUCCUGAUGAGAACAAUAAAUUAAUAGAAGCCAAUAAUUUGAAGUAAUAAGAAACCAUUGAAGUUUAGAUAAAUUAAGCAUAACUUAUACUGAAAGCAUUAAAUCAAGGGAUCGUGUGUAUUCAGAGAUUCAACACAGAUAAGUCUGUUAAUGAAGUGAAAUAAUUACUAGAAAAUGCAAAAUCAGAAUUAUUAAAAUGCUUAGAUCAACAAUAAAAUUGA